AUGAUCUUUUUAGACGUUACUAGACGUACUAUUACUCUUAUAAAAUCCAGCGCUCGUAAAGUACAAGGCAAUGAAGAAUACACUUCAGGUAGUACAGGUGGUGUUGGUGUUUUAAACGAAAGCAAUACAAUUAAUUGUCGUAUGUCUAGAGCACGUCGUCUUCCGGCUUGGUAUAAAGAUUACGAUACUGAUUUUGCUAUGCAUGAAGAAGGUGUAAUGGACAGGGAAGAAGUACAAGCUCAACUCACACCAGGUAUAGAAUUAGAAGAUUCAUCAUCUGUAGAUAAAGAUGUUCCAAUAGAGUAG